AGGAAAACCGACAUCUUAAAAUGUUAAACAGCUUUAAAAUCGAACUGCAUUGUAUGACCUGCUUUUCAUUUUGUCUGUACCCAGCUGCCUCUGCACCAAAUGUGGCGCCAACUGGAACAGCAUCUCAGUCAUCAACAUAUAGUUCUCAGUCACCAAGGACAAGAACACUGUUAGUUGCUAAUGCUUCAUUAGCAAUUGAUGGGAAUAAAAAUCCAGAGCAUUUUGGUGGCUCCUGCACCCAUACAUUAGAGGGAGACACCCACUGGUGGAGUUUGCUCCUGCCAGCUGUUUACAGGAUCACACACAUCAGCAUCACCAACAGAAUGCUCAUUACUCAACGCAUCAAUGAUGCUCAGAUCCUCAUCGGUACUUCCACAGACAACAACGGCAACAACAACCCAAGAUGUGACGGUGUAUACGGCAUCAACCCUGGAGCUACAAGAACUUUCAACUGUGGAGGAAUGAUCGGUCAGAUGGUCACUGUGAAUCUCAAAGGAUCAUAUGGUGCGUUGUCAAUGUGUGAGUUGGAAGUGUAUGGAGAAAUGGCUGCUCCGUCCUUCAGCGCCGUGGUGAUGGGUAGGAGCGUAGAAGUGGUGGAGAAGAAGCUGUGUUGGUCUGAUGCUCUGUUCUACUGCAGAGACUUCUACUGGGACCUGCUCAGCAUACGCAGUGAGGAGGAGCAGAGGGAGGUGGAGGAGGUGCUAAAGAGCGUCUCCUUCCCCCUCACUGAGCGUGUUUGGUUGGGCCUGCGCAGGGACUUGAUGGGUGACACCUGGUUCUGGAUGUCUGGUGAUUCCAUGGAUUUCAACGACUUGAAGACUCAGUCCACCUGGGACAACACCAGUCCAUGUGGUGCCAUGGACAGCAGCGACGGCUUCCACUGGGGGGAUCGUCCAUGUGGAGAGCACCUUCAUUUCGUCUGUUUGAAAGACAUCCAGAGAGACAACAAGAGAUUGGAGUUCUACAGCAGCAGCAGACCAUAAACGCAGCACCAAGAGAAAAUCACUCUGCUGGACCGUACAACGACCUUUACUGAUACGUCAAUAAUACACCUUCUUCUUUUUGACCUUUUGAAGGUCAUAACUUUCUGUAAUCAUACACAAUGUGAUAAAGUACGUCACAUGCAGAAACCAUAUAGUUUUGCUGUGGUGUAGCAUAGGUUGAUGUUGCCUUCAACACAAGCUGUGUCUUCAGUUUAGGAUAGUUAGAAGAUUGAUUGAUUGAUUUGUUUAUCUUUUGUUGUAGGUCUUCUCAGUCUCUGUUACGGGACUGUUGGGCUAAGGAAUUGAUGAAGCUUGAGUUGCUCAUGAUGUUUUUGUAGUGCACAAGUCAAUGAACUUAAAAGAUUGUACUUUUAAAUAAACGUACGUGAUUG